CGCCGCAGUGCGCACGGCAGGGCAGUUUGGCUGCACGUUGGGAACACUCGAGCUGGGGGCACAACACUGCUCGAACUCGACCCGCUGCGAGGCACCCCCGUAUCUAUCAAGCCAGCCGCUCGCCUGAGAAAAGGGCAGCGGUGCGACAUGCGCAGGUGUCCGGCCCCGUCCAGCUCGAGCACGAGCGGCGGUGUCCCGUCACCGUGCCCGUGCGACUCGUCCUCGCCGCGGCUGCUGUCCAAGUUCCGCCAGCGCCGGCACAAGGCCAACGCGCGCGAGCGCCAGCGCAUGCACGGGCUGAACGCGGCGCUGGACACGCUGAGGCGUCGCGUGCCCAUCAACCACCAGGAGCCAGGCAGCGCGGUGCCCCGCCUCUCCAAGAUCGAGACCCUGCGGCUGGCCAAGAACUACAUCGGCGCUCUGGCCGAGACGCUGCGCCAGGGCAGUCCCAUGGAGGCCACCGUGUUCGCCCGCCACCUGGCCAGGGGACUCUCCCAGGCCACGGUCAACCUGAUUGCCGGCCAGCUGCGACUGAGUCCGCGCGCGAUCGCUGUCCCGGACAACGGCGCCUCGCCGUCCCCGGCGCCGCACUGGGUCGCCGCAUUAGGGAAGACGCCCCCGCAACCGUCGUCGCCCGCCAUCGCGGACGCCUACGAGAGGCCACCCCGGACGCUGGACGCCGCCGCCGCGCUGGUUCAACGGCCACGGCCCUUGGCGCCGUCGUCGUAUCCGGGGGCGGCUCCCUAGGCCGCCUCCUUUGCGCCGGCGUCGCGUCAGUUGCUCUGCUCUCGGCGUUCAUUCCACUCUCGAGCACACUUAGCCUCUAACGGUACAGAACUAAGAUAGGAAAAAAAAGGUGAAGCGAGACGAUUUUUUUUUUCUGCGGCAUUUUGUUUCUCCAGAUCGAGAAAACGCUCUCAAAAUAUCCACCCUUCCGAAGACGUGCACUAAUACACUCAGACCUAUAGCUCCAGUACUUUGGUAUCCCUGUUGGGACAGAUGGUGGGUCUUGAACCUAGUGCUCGCUUCUCUGCAAUUGUGAACCAGGACUAGGGGCUGUUAAUAUAUACUCUUUCUUCGCUCUUUCUCCCUUUCCGUUGGAAAGGCUCUUCAUCCUCGGGUGCUCUUUGCUCGCUAUAAUGCACACGACUGAAGAACGGAGACAAGGAAAAUGUAGUCUGCUUUUAAUUUCUGAGGAAUAAUUCUUAGAAGAGAGUGCAGUUAUGCAAUAUUGUUGUGCUAGUCAGUGCAAACUACCUGUUCUUUUUCGUAAUCCUGAAGAAAUCCAGUCCAGAGCAGAAGCGUAGCAUGUGUAGGUGCCAUACGUACCUGUAAGAACGAUGCACUACUUAUAGUGCUCCCGCCGAAACUGUUGCUCUAAACAUUAAGACCGGGACAUGUAAUGUUUAACGAUUGUAGUAAGUCGCGCACACACGUUGAGAAGCAGUAUUGGUUUCCUUAGUAAAGAUGAAAUACGGCAGCUUCCUUUCACUCCGGUGAAGGAAAAGAAAUAUUGUUUUAAAAGUUACGUAUGCACAUUUACGUCAGGUCUGUGAUGAGAUUACUGAUGCUGCCACGUCCUUAAUGUGCAAAAGUGUGGUGUUAAAGGGAUAUCUUUCAUUAUGAUGCAGCAAAUUUUAGGAUCAUUUUACGCCAACGUUCCGUGCAGGGUACAUUUCGACAAGUUUCACCAUAUAUAAUACGACAUCUGUCUAUAAAUUGAAUGAAUAUAGAUGUUACUUUUCUAUCUUCUGUAGCGCUGGGUAACUGGCCAGAAAAAAAAGAAAGAAAAAGGAAAACGUCAAAAUAUUGCAAUUUUAAAGAAUUUCUUUCUUGAAGGCAACAUUUCCCAAGAAAAAAAAAUGUUUGAUGCUGUCAUGUCGAAAUAAUUGCGCGAGGCUUGUAAAUAAUUAUAAGCGAUGUUUUUGGAUUCAUCGUUAUUGACGAUCAGCCAACUCGUGUACGCGCGCAAUUUGCUGUUACAUAUUGUUUCGCUUGUUAGGGCGUUGUUAGAGCAACAUUGUGCCAAACUGCUUCUGCAUAUCGUGCAGAUCACCUUUGUUAUUGUCUUGCACGUCGCCAAACUGUUAGUGACUUGUUUCCUUCUCAUUCUUUUUUGCGCACACACCCCGGAACUAAGUUGCUAAUAAAGUCUACUGAUACCGAU